AUGUCAACCAUCUGGACCGUUCUCGGUCUUCACGCUGCACCUGGGGAACAAGCCUCCAACCAUGCCGUGGCCUAUCUACUAGCUAGCUGGUUCAUCUCAUUUGGCGUAUUCAGCGCGCGGGGGGAAAAGAUUAAGCUCCGCCUCGAUCACAACCAGGCCCCUCGCGAAGACCUCGCCAAGUACGGUGAGGCCGCUGUACAGUCGGGGAAAAUUAGCCGGCAAACCUUGAAUAGACUUAAGAGGCAAGAGGCCAUCAUGGCUAAUUCAGCAGAACACUACCCCUUGUUUGUAGCUGCAAUCCUUGUCGCCCUCCACGCGGGCGUGCCCAAUGAAAUCAUUAACCGCAUCGGACUGUGGUAUGCAGUGUCAAGACUGGCAUUCGGAUUUUGCUACAAAUACAUUGAAUCUUUCAAGCUGAGCUUCCUGCGGUCGGCAUGUUGGUGGUCGAGCAAUAUUUGCUGUUUCACCGCUUUUUGGUUCGCUUCGAAGAAGCUGUGA